CACAGUGCCCUCUCGUCCUCAGCACGUGGGUCACACGAUGCUGACGCUCAGAGCGCAUGCGCAUUGCGAUGAAGGGAAUUUUCAUCAGCUGAGGAGGCGUAACUAGCCAGGCUAACAUUUGCUUAAGUUUGGAAAUUGCUGAGAAGAACCGUUCAGUUAAGAAUGACUUGUCCAAAUGAGUGACCUGAAACUCUACAAAUACUAAAGCAAAGGGACUCCAUAAAUCUAACUUUGAAUUACCAGAGAGCAAAUCUCCUCCUUGCUCCCUGUGUGACACAGAUGCAAGUCUUAUCUUGAUACAAGUUAUUCUUUGAGAUUAAGAAGAGAUGCCCAGACCAAGACGACCAUAUAGGCUGCUGCCUUGCUCCGCCAACUGAAAGCUCCCAAAGCACAGUUUUUGUGGUUAGAGGAUGGGCUAUUGAGUCUAUCUGCUCCUCUCUCUCUCCAGAACAUUGGAAUUUAGUGUGUGCCAAUGUGCACUGUAAAUUAUGCUCACCUAAAAUGGUGCUUGAAUGUGGUAUCCCCAAUCAAGGUGUGCCUGAAGAGCUGAGGGUCUCUCUGGUAUCUGAAUGAUUGUCUGUUGCAAAUAAUGGAUGCCAAGUUGAGAGAGGACCUGUUCCGGAGGUAUGUGACGGCACUGGAAAGGCGUCCGGAGGGGGGAUAUACAGGAACUGGAAGUACGUUGGAGGGAGACAAAAGCAGACACAAGGACAGCGAGGCACUACUCUCCACAGCGACUGCUCUUCUCGGAGCCUAUCAGCCAGAUCCUGGACAGCGAUUUCGCAUGGUCCGUUUCUACGAGAUGGUGGAGAACUCGCUCCGAUGCCAGAGAGGAGGCAACCUUAAGAGCCUGGAGAGGGCCUUUCACACUCUGGAAACCAUCUGCACCAACCUCCUGCUCUUCCCUUGGAAGAAAGAGUUUCGAUGUAUAAAGACUUUCACAGGCCCUUAUGUGUACCACCUGCAGUCUGCCAUUUCUGACGCCGAACUCCGAACGCUAAUGCGUACCAUUGGAUAUACCUGUGACCAUGAUUCGCAGUUCCGUUUAUUGGACCACCCAGGGGACAGCAGUCAUCUCCGCCAGUUAGCCUUUGAGCUGUUCCUGGCCCAGGCAGAGUGUCGUCUUCUAGGAGAGGUGGUGGCUCUCGCCCGCGGUUCCGCCUCGGAGCUGGAAGCUCUGGAGCUCCGCCGGGGUUGCAGAGAUGAUGCAGCUGGUUGCGCUGAGGCGCUGCGCAGACGAGACAGCCUCGGGGCAGAUAUCGCUCGGUUGUCUGUUCGACCGUUGGAUAUAGAAAGGCCUCAUGCCCACCACCUGAGACGAGGAAGCCGACCGUCCAAGUCUGUGGAUGUUACAGAUGGGGCAGGUCACUGGCACCCAGCAGUCAACAAGCCUAUCUUGAAGGCAUCUCUGAGUCUAAGGAAGGAGCCUCUGUUUGUGGACACAGAGGAAGACAUGAAGGAUGAGAUCAUCAGGCCCAGCACCUCUGCAUCAUUUUUCUCUAUCGCAGCUCCACCUUCCUACAGCCCUGUUGCAGACUUUUUCCCCAUGCAGUCGCCUCCUCCAGUUGACCCCUACACGUCCUACCAUAUGUCCUCCUUAGAUGACAUUGACUUGUACACAGAGAGAGGUGGUGUCGGGACGGGAGGAAGGCAAACUCCGUCUCGACCGCCAUCCAGAGAGCCGCGUGAUUCCAGAGAUGGCUGGCUUCUCAAAGCUCAUGGUAGUGUGAAAUGUCAGGGUUGUGGUCUGGCAUGCUCCACAAUGGCAUCCUGUCAGAGGUGUGACAUGAUUCUUUGCUCUGCCUGCCACGAUAUAGAUCCAUCCCCCUGUUGUGGCCUCCAGGACUACCACUCAAAAUCCCCACGCCCCCUUGACGGAUACAUUCCUGUGAAGGAAAAGCUAUCUGUCUACUCUAACGCCCAGUCUCACCCCCAUCUCCAUCCACACCCUCUAACCCUGACCCAUUCUCAUUCUCAUCCCCAUCCUCACCCCCAGAUGUUGGAAAAACCCCUUAUGCCCACCAAACUGUUUCCAAGCAAGUCGGUUGCUAUGACAACACCAAAGGCAGGGAGCACGGAGCGCUUAAGUAUCGGGGGAUCACGAUGCGGGUUUUGCAACAAGCCAGGCGCAUCACACACCUGCGUAAAUUGCUCUAAGGUGUCGUGUGACUCUUGCAUGGGCUUGUAUGCAAAAGAUGUGUGCACACGAAAGAAUCCUCAGCACAACUUUGUGCCCAACCAUCAGCUCAACUUUAAAUCUGGCACCAUAUCACACCUAGUGUAUCGGUGAAGCAGGCAGGCAGGCGGAAUAAUCCCCUUCAGUACAAUCCCUUAACAUUUAAUGUAGUUUUGCACUAUUGCUUUAAGCUUGGCUUACAUAGUUCAUUCUCUGGUUUCUGAUUUUAUCUGGUGGUUUCUUCUCCAACAUGUACAUUCUCACUCGCUGACAGUAGACCCAUGGAAUGCACAUACCACAGAGUUAUGUCAUUAACCCAGCUCUCCGCUAGGCAUGGGGCAGUGUGAGAUUCUUGCGCUGUGAUGAUCUUGGGUAAAAAACAACUCCGUCUUGGUAUACACACACACCAUGAUAGAGCACACACAGAAAAUAAAAACAAUAAAAUGUUAAACAUGAUAUAAUCAAUUAAAACAGGAGCUCUAGUUCUCCCCAAAGUGGCUAAAAUAAUGAGACAUUGAUCAUUAUAGAUAUAUCUUUACAUUUAUUUUUACAGUUGUUAAAUGUUUGAGUAGUUUUUAAGUGUUGACUGUGCAGAAUACAAUAUUUUUACAGUUCUGCUCUUUAGAGUAACACAAUUAGUCAGGCUAUCUGCACGUGGAGCCAGCUGCUUAAUGGGAAUGUCACAGUUAAAAUGGCGCUACUUUACGGUGAAAAUGAAAGGGGUGCACUGCACCACCCCAUGUACUGUGGCAUCUCAUUAUUGGAACUUUAUUGUAAAAUGCAACUUUGAAUUUACCAUUGGGAUUAAUAAAGUAUUUUGAACUGAAAUUUGAAUUUAAUAUGAAGGAACAGAAUGAGGCAAAUGUUUUUUUUUCUUCUUAGAUUUAAAAUUUCCAUUUUGUAACACCGUCUUAUACCUCAGUACCUAUAACUGGCCCAUGCCUACUCUCUGCCUUGUAAAGCUGUAAGCCUUUUCUCUAUUUAUUGGUUUUACCAGAUGAUGUGCUUUUCAGUCAUCCUGUGUUGACGUUGCUCUUCCCACUGUUCCCACUGUUUUUACUCUCCACAUGGGGAAAACUGGACAAAUUAGUUAAACUUCAUCUCAUUUUAAUCAAAUCUGCCCCGAUGAACAUUAUACACUUUGCCUAACUUCUCAGCUAAAAAUUCUUCUAAUAUAUUAAUAAAUAUAUAUAUAUAUAUAUAUAUAUAUAUAUAUAUAUAUAUAUAUAUAUGUAUAUAUAUACAUAAGUAGAUACAGUAUAUAUUUAUGUAUGAGUGUGUGUAUGUAUGUGUAGAAAAGACCUGAGCUUGCCUAAUAUUUAAAGGUAAUGUUUUAGAAAACUUGAAAAAUGUUGGGGGGGGGAAAAAAAAAGUAAACACACUGGAAGUCAGUAACUCUCUGUUCUCUCGGACAAUGUGAGACUGUUAAAUGGGCAUGAGGUCUGGCAUUUUCUGGAUGUACAUCUUACAUAUGUUAAUAUGGGGUAGAAGAUAUCCUGUAGAGACAUAUGUUCUAUUUAAAAUAUUAUGCCUUGUAAAUUUACCCUGAAAUAUUUGUAAUUUUCUUUCUUUGGCUCAGUUUUAAACACUACUGUGAACUCGAGAUGUUGAAGAUGAUUUCUGUCGGACCGUUGGUGUCAGUUUCAGGCCGGGUCCCUCUCAUUACUUCCCACAAACCCCACAUGAUUCAUGAUGCCUCCUCCACAAAUUAGUGACUCUCGUUCAGCUUCAAGUGGGGUCGCAGGAAAUCUAAUGCUUGUAAACAAGUCUAGUGACUAACAAAUGUAAAACUGUUGGUUGGUUUUCAGCAGUAUGAAGAUUUAUGCUCCUCAAUGGUUUCUGUCUACCUCAAUUCACAUCAGCUUACGCCCAGUUUAACAUUGUGGAUUAAAACUAGCCUCAAUAUUUAGAGGAAAAAAUAAACAAAACAAAGCAUUUAAUUAACAAGUUGUCUGUGUUUAAAAAGUGGUGCGGUAACCUCAGAAAACCAUCCAAAUGUAUUAUAAAUGGAAUCAGGUGUAGAUGUUUAUUUAUUGAAGGAGGAAUUGUGUAGAAUAUUCUUGUUACAAAUACUUGACUCCAUUUAAUAAGUAGCAAAACCAAUUUUAAUUUGAAACUUCUACUUUUCCUUACUUAACUGGGUUCCAUUUAUGUUUUUCUCUCAGUUGGAUUGGUAAAAGACAGAAACCACUUAUUUUGCAGUUCAGCUCAGCAGUGACACCGGCUCAGAGUCUCAUAAUUAAUUUUGACUUUAUUGCUUUCUAUUGUAGAAGUAUUUAGCUUUAAUAGCGUUGUAAAACAGACUUUUACUACACUACUUUUUGGGGAUGCACCAAUCAAUGAGGUCAGAGUUUAGAUCUGGAUACUUUUCCCUCGAUUUGCUGUGUAGGAUGAUCAGUUGGUUAAUUCAGUGUAGAAAUGCAUCAGCAAUCAGCAUGUAGCUUGAUGCACUCAAUAAAAAUUAAAGAUCGAGAGUUAAUGUUUUAUUUCCAUUAUUGUCAAACCUACAGCUGCUGUCAAAGAAGCUACUGCACAUUUUAUUUUUGUUGCUGUGCAGAAAAAAAAAUUGGAAGCUGUCGUAAUUUAUAGAUAAAAUGUCAAAAGACGUAAACAGAAUUGGCCUCGUAAAACCUUAUUGGUGCAUCUCUAACUGAAAUUUAACGUUUGAGCGCAUUCAUUGCAAGUUUACAUUGAUUUGACUUGUCUUUCAGCUUGCUGUAAAACACUCGGAGCCCCUCUCCUAUAUCUGUUUCAUAGCUGGGUGUUGGAGACAUGCUGCUUCGGUUUAAACAUUAGCCCAUGCUUGAAUGGGUGCGUGUGGUGUUUACUCUCGUUCUCCAUGUAAAAAGUCUAUAGUUACCAAGGGCUAAUUUCCAGUCACUUCUCAUAAAAAAUUAAAGUUAAUCUGAUUUAUUUUUGACAGACUGCUUGGGCUGCUUCAGCCUUUAUGUGCUGUCAUGAUUAACCUCUGAAUGCCUUAAGACUGUAUAGCUCUCUUAUCAUAGAAUAUUUUGAUUUAUUUUUUAAUGUCAGAUACUAUGUUUAAUCGAUCUAUUAUUUCAGCAUUGCUAUUUAAUCUCCAGGCUCCAAAUGUAAAGUUCAUUUCUGGAUUUCAGAAAAAAUGGAUUAAAAGUACAGAAGGUUAUAGAUAUUUUUUAAAGUGCAUCUUGAUUUUUUAUUUAUUUUUUUUUAAACGCAGAAUAUUAUACACCUGUACAUGGGAUAACGUGUUGUAAUGACCUUGUCUGACAUUGGAUUCAGGAAGCAAUGUCUAAUUUUGAACCUUUUUGUUCCUUUCCUUAAAAGAUAAAGUCAGGCGUUGUCUUAAACAUAUUAAAACGGAUCAAAAGGGAUGUUUUGAUAUCAGUUUGAAGUAGAUGGAAGGCUCUUUAAGAGAUGUCAACAUCAUCUAAACUAGUGUAUCAAGAAGUCUUGUGACCUUUGGGGAGAUGUGCAAUUUUUUUUCCAUCCAAUCAAGCCUUUUUAAAUGUCUCGGCGUAGUCGUAUUUCAGUAGCUCUGUUUGCAAUUCAUAACCAGCAUCACCGAGGACUUUCAGAAGUAUUGAGCCAUGUGUCAAGAGUGAUCGUUUUGCCAAAUGAAGAACAACUCUCGCUGGAG